GGAGGUGGCCGCCCUUUGAGCGAAUCCCUCCCUUACGGGUGGGAGAGGCGGCGACUUCGCAGCCGGAGGGCAGCGCAGGGCGAGGGGAGAGGGGUCUGCGGGCGGACGCUACCCAGCAGCCAGCGGACCGCGACACAGCGGCAGCGGUCCCCGGAGCAGCGCAGCCGAGCCCCGCCCACCGCUCCCCACCCCCUCAGGGCGCGCCUCUCCCCCAUCCCAGCCCUUCGCAGGAGGGGAGGCGGGAAAACCGCGAAAGCCUCUCCAACCGCCCUGCCCCAGCCCCACCACUCCCAGCUCUUGCAGACUCGGCUCGUUCUCUGGGUAUCGUCUUGGAGGGGCCGCGCUGUGUAGACACCAUGGAGGUGGUGCUGAUCUUUCUAUGCAGCCUGUUGGCCCCUGCUGUCCUGGCCAGUGCACCUGAGCAGGAGAAAGAAAAGGAUCCUUUUCAUUAUGACUACCAGACCCUGAGGAUCGGAGGAUUGGUGUUUGCUGUGGUCCUCUUCUCUGUCGGGAUCCUCCUUAUCCUGAGUCGCAGAUGCAAGUGCAGUUUCAAUCAGAAGCCCCGGGCUCCAGGGGAUGAGGAAGCCCAGGUGGAGAACCUCAUCACUGCAAAUGCAACAGAGCCCCAGAAAGCAGAGAACUGAAGUGCAGCCCUCAGGUGGGAAGCCUCCGGAACCUGAAGGCAGCUGCUUGAACCUUUAGAUGAAAAUGAUGAUGCUUAAGAAAACCGGCCACUUCAGCAACAGAUCUUUCCCCAGGAGAAACCAAGAACUUGUGUGUCCCCCUGACCCCUCCCUAUCCCCUCGAACACCAGUCCUCAACUUAGUGGCACAGCUAAUACCCACCUUCCCACCUGCAGCCUGUGGGUUCGUCCACCUCCUGUGACGUGUAUGUGUGUGUGUGUGUGCACGCGUGUGCGUGUGCGCGCACGCGCAUGCGUGUGUGUAAUGACUGGUCUUCGUAGCUACUUGUCUGUGAAUGAUGUUGUAUUAGUGAACCUGGGCUUACUUUCCUGGGCUGGAGCUGAGCCAUGUUCCCAUCAGCUCCUCCCUGCACCUCCGUGGCCUCCCAUCCCCACCCUGCUCCCAAGAGUCUGCUUUUUCCCUGAGAGACCAGUCCCUUCUCUUGAUUUGGGGGUGGGCAUAUGGGUGGGGGCAUGGGUGGAAGUCUCCAGUUGUCUUGGGACUUGGGAAGGUUUACGUCACCUUCAUGAUCAUUCUUCAGUGGCCUCUCUUUCCUCUUUUUGCAAGAACCUUGCUUCCGUAUUUCCACCCCUGACCCAGGUCUGUUCUGAAGGUCUCUUAGCAAUUGGAAGCUCACGGCAAGGAGCUGGUGAGCCCAGGUAUGCCUUCAGGCAGGAGACAUCCCUUCCCUGUUUAUUUUUCACCUGGGACUUCUACCACGGAGCCCCCAUCUGCCUUGUGCCAUCGCAGAGCAGGCAGGGUGUCUAGGGCUUGUACUCUUCCCCUGGGGAAUGUGCCCCUUGCAUAUCUUCUCAGCAAUAACCCUGUGGGCUCUGGAUUCCUACCUCCCUCUCCUACCUUCCCUGCUUCCAAGACCGAUCUACAGCCCAGCUCGCCUGGUCUCUGACUCCUGUCCCUGAGUUGGGUCUCUGGCAGUGAUCCAUUCUGUUGGGGUCAGCAAGAGAGAGCAUGGGUCCUAUGCUCGGGCCCACUGCCCGUUGGUCAGGCAGCAGCCACAGCGCCUGCGCACUUUGCUCCACUUGUCCCUGGUCAGAGUGAUGAGUGCAGGGGCUAUGCUGCGGGUUAGACACCAGGCAGGGCUCCCUGCAGUCCUGCUGCAGAGGGAACAGAAAGAGGCCAAAGGUCAUCAAGAGAGUGGAAAGUCAAACCAGACCCCGCCCCUCCCCGUCCAUCGUGUUCUCGUGCAAACUACUUGUGACAGGACUGCUGUCUGUGCUGUGAUCUAUCCUCUCAACAACAACAAAGAAUGAAAUACCAUUUGUUUCCUAA